GUGUGUGCGUGUGGCUGCGUCCCCGCCGGUGCAACGCCUCGAUUAAAACAGUGUGUAACUAGCCUCGUGGUUUAACUGACGCAACCCUACUCCUUAACAUAUAUAACAGUGGCGACGAUCGGAAACACGCGUAGAUAAUUUAAAAUUAUACAUAUUAUUAUACCCGAAAAUGUCGACAGGAGUAUCGUUUGGGAUAUUGUCAUCAUUCGAUCAUAGUUCGCAAGAGUGGAAUAGCUACAAAUCGCGUUUAAAUCAAUGGUUCAUCGCAAACGAUAUUACAAAUGAAACGGACAAAUCAAAGGUCAAACGAAGGGCGAUUUUACUCAGCGCGCUAAGCGAAUCUACGUUUAAACUGGCUAGUGACCUGGCGUUGCCUAGAAAGGCCGAAGACGUGGACUACGAGGAAAUACUGAGAUUACUCGAUAAUCACUUCACACCUAAACGUAUCGGGUUCUCAGAAAAAUCUAUAUUUUAUUCGGCAAUGCAGCAGUCAGGCGAGAGUCACACUCAAUGGGCAGCCAGAAUUAGAGGCUUGGCAGCACACUGUGGUUUUAAGAACUUGGAAGAGGCCCUACUAGAUAGGUUCAUCAUGGGCAUGAUACCCGGACACGAACGAGAUAAGUUAUUUGCCCAAGAUCAGCGGGAAAUGACUUUGGCAAAGGCAGUGGAUUUGGCGGAAAGCGUGCGUUGUGCACGUUUGGCCGCCAUGUCGGCGGUGGCGAUGCCAGGUGGCAGCGGGGCCGUCGUGACUGCAGCAGGCCAAGAUGGCGUGUUCGCAAUCUCCAAAAAAGAAAAGUGCAGUGUAUGUGGUUUUACAAACCAUAAAUCAGUUCAGUGUCGUUUCAAAAACUAUAAGUGUAAAAAGUGUAGUAAAAAGGGGCAUUUAGGAAGAAUGUGUACGGUCGAUAAAGUAAAAUAUGUUGAGGAAGGUAACAUGGGUGACGAAGACGAUGGUGAGUCUUUCUAUAAUAUUAGGUGUGACUCAGGCAAGCCUAUGACUGAAAAAGUGUACAUCGGUGACCUAUUUUUAGAAUUUGAAAUAGAUAGUGGCUCGGCAGUUAGUGUAAUUUCGGAGAGCACAUACAAAAAAUAUUUUCCUAAAGUGCCGUUGUUAGCGACCAAUAAAAAACUAUUAGGUUAUACUGGUACUAAGCUUGAAACUUGCGGAGUCGUACGUUUACCGGUUGCAUACUCUGGGAGUGUGCACGACCUUGACGUGUUUGUUGUGCGGAGUGGUGGCCCGCCCCUCUUGGGACGAGAUUUUAUCCAUAAUUUUAAAUUAGAACUCGCACCAGCGAUAAAUACGUUGUAUAUAAAUGACUCAUCGGGAAAUAGUCCGGUUCUGCAGGGAUUAAUUAAAAAAUUUCCUAAAACGUUUUCCGGUCAGUUAGGUGCAUUUAAUAAAUAUACAGUUGAGUUACGGUUAAAACCGGAUUCAAAGCCAAUAUUUCAUAAAGCUAGACCGGUGCCUUACGCUUUAAGGCUGAAAAUCGAUAAAGAGCUAGAUCAUUUAGUGAACUUAGGCGUAUUAAAGCCUGUGGAGCAUUCGGAAUACGCGUCCCCAAUCGUCCCGGUUUUAAAAAAAGACGGGAAGCUCCGCUUAUGCGCUGAUUAUUCAGUUACAAUUAAUAAACAGUUAAUUAUUGACCAAUAUCCCUUACCGACUAUUAAAGACCUGUUCGCUAAACUUAAUGGGGGUGUUCAGUUUAGUAAAAUAGAUUUAUCGAUGGCGUACAAUCAAUUCAUUUUAAAUGAACCAUCACAAGCCCUCACAUGCAUAAAUACACAUCGCGGAUUGUUUAAAUAUACUAGGCUAGUGUUCGGUCUGUCGUCAGCGCCAGCUAUUUUCCAACGUGCGAUGGAAUGUUUAUUAGCAGGGCUAGAAGGCGUAGUAUUCUUACUUGACGACGUUUUAUGUACCGGACGAGAUGCGGAACAGCAUAAACAACGUUUAACAGCUGUAUUACAACGCCUAGAAGACGCAGGGUUAACUAUACAAGCUUCAAAAUGCGAAUUUUUUAAGCACGAGCUAUGCUACUUAGGUCACAUCAUCGAUAAGAAUGGCGUGCGUAAAUCUCCAGAUAAGGUCAAGGCCAUUCUUGAGGUCUCCAAACCAGAAAAUGUCACACAAUUACAAUCUUUUUUAGGUCUAACAAACUAUUACCGGAACUUUAUACCAGAAGCGGCGUCAAUUUUAUACCCAUUAUAUAACUUACUACAUAAAAAUGUAAAAUGGGAAUGGACGUCAAUACACGAAGACGCUUUUAAUAAAAUAAAAAAACUUAUGGCUACCGAUAAAUACUUAGCGCACUUUGACCCACAUGCGACUUUAAUAUUAACCGUCGAUGCGUCACCAGUGGGAUUAGGCGCCGUGUUAUCACAGAUCGGGCAAGACGGGAUUGAGAGACCCGUAUCAUAUGCGUCUCGGACUCUCAAUGCAGCUGAGAAAAAAUACGCGCAGAUACAGAAAGAAGCAACCGCGAUUAUAUUUGGUGUUCGCCGAUUCCACCAAUACCUGUACGGUAGAUCGAUUCCCUUUAUUUUACGAACGGACCAUAAACCGCUUUUGACUAUAUUCGGGCCUUACCGAGGCAUUCCCGAAGUGUCCGCAAACAGACUUCAAAGAUACGCUAUAUUUCUGUCAGCAUACAAUUAUCGUAUCGAAUACGUUAAGAGUAGUGAUAACAGUGCAGAUUUUUUAUCGCGAGCAGUACUCGAUACGGGCAAUACGACGGGCGUCGGGAGGCGGGGUACUCGGGAAGCGGUUCACCGUGUGCGGACGCUUACAGAUGAAAGCGAGGAUGACCACGCGACAUACGUGCAUUUUGUGCUCGACGGAAGCCUGCCGGUGACGUCAUACGAUUUGCAGCGCGAAACCGAUAACGAUGCUAUUCUAAACAAAGUAAAGUUUUACAUUUUUAAAGGUUGGCCAAGAAAAGUUAGGGAUUUACAAUUAAAACCGUAUUAUAAUGUUAGAUUACAAUUAUCUUUUGAAAAAGGAAUUUUAUUGCGAGGUCACAAGGUUGUCAUACCGACCUCCUUAAGAGAUACCAUAUGUAAGGAAUUACAUAGCUCACAUUUCGGCGUAGUUAAAAUGAAAGCUGAGGCACGUAAAAGGUUUUGGUUCCCCGGCAUAGACGGGGUAAUGGAAAGGCUAGCGGCGGCAUGCUCGGUGUGUGCGGCCUUACGGCCUCGGCCGCCGCACGCGCCGCUCGCACCGUGGCCUUACCCGCCUCAUCCCUUCUAUCGUGUUCACCUAGAUUUUUUGGGUCCGUUCAAUAAUCAAAUGUUCUUGAUAAUAGUAGAUGCGUACAGUAAGUGGGUGGAGUGCUAUACGAUGAUGAAUUUUUACGGAACUAAAGCUGUUGUAUCGAAACUGUAUGAUUUUAUGGCCCGGGUAGGGAUACCUCAUACUUUAGUAACUGACAACGGCACUUCAUUCACUUCACAAGAUUUUAAAGAUUUCUGUUUAUCGAACGGUAUUAAACACGUGUUUUCACCUCCGUACCACCCGGUAAGCAACGGCCAAGCCGAAAGUUUUGUUAAAAUAAUAAAAAAAGGGUUACAAGCUAUAAUGUUGACUAAUAAAAAUAAAAAAAAUGUAAGUGAUCAGAUUUUAAAAUUUUUAUUUGAUUAUAGAAAUUCUAAAAAUAGUACCACUGGCAAAUCGCCGGCGGAAUUGUUGUACGGCAAGCCAUUACGCUCGAGGUUAGAUCUCAUAAACCCUAUUGAUGUAAGUCCGUCUUCUUCACCCUUAGACCUAACUCAAACUAUAGAAAGGCAACAGUGCUUGCAGGGUAAAAGCUACAAAGGGAAGCAAAGAAAAGAAUUUAAAAGGAAUGAAUUAGUGUGGACUACAAAAAACUCAGAAAAUAAAAAAUUUUGCUGGAUUAAGGGCCUCAUUAGAGAAAAAAUCGGAAGCGUAAUGUUUAAGGUUUUCAUACCAGAAUUAAACCGCGAAGUAACUCGACACGUGGACCAGAUAAGGGCACGCACGUCUACAACGGGACCGGAUCACCAACCAGCUUGGAAUCCCGAUGUCGUUCCCGAUAUACAGUCAAUGGUUCCUGCAUCUGCGUCUUCAACUCCUUCGCAGGAUCCCGGGAGGGAGAAAGCAGAGGAUGAGAGCGCCAGUGACGAAUUCGAUUCUACCUUUGCAACACCUCCACCCGCCCCAGUGUCCACUCGUAGACGGGAACUGACCCCGAUAAGUAUCGAGUGACUCAGUGACAUGCAAUUAUGAGCAUCAAAAACUAUUAAAUUAAACACUUUGCGUAAUCCUAGAACAUUCUUAGUUUUAUAUUAGCUUUAGUUAUGUAAUUGAUACUGUUCUUUACUAUAGGUGGAGGGAUUGUUAUAUAUGUAGUUAAGUAAAGCGUUUACGUGUGUGCGUGUGGCUGCGUCCCCGCCGGUGCAACGCCUCGAUUAAAACAGUGUGUAACUAG